ACCUUAUCCUAUAGCCAGAACCUAUAUGAUGGAUAAAAACUCAAGGAUACUAACUUUAUAUUUCUCUUUUCUAUUAUUAGAUCUGCUUUGCUGUUUUCUCUUGGCUGUGACAAUCUGUCUGAUUGUCAUUAUAAUAGCAGUUCACUACCGAUACAGACAAGAGUACCAUACAUAAAUUUUGCAGGAUGUUCACCAACUUUAUCAGAAAGUACUGUAGGACCACUGGCCUCAUUUUGUACUUGAUCAUCAUUGUAAUCAUAUCAACAGCCUCAUUUCUCAACCAAACCAACCACUGCCAGCCUCACAGGAUCCAUUGUCACCAAGAACCCAUUUACUAUAGCUUCUAGUAAUAUUUUAUUUACUGAAGAAUGCAGAGAGGCAUGGCGUCUGCAUCAGCCUCUGUACUUAUUGAUGGACUUAUUGACUGUGUAGCCCAGUUAAUACAAAUAGCUGAAGAGCUUUUAAAGUUGAUUACACAAGAACUAGUUCCUUGUGUUGAGCAAAAUGAUGGAGCAGAAGAACCAGAAGUAGAUGCUUUUCUUUCUGAGGAAGCUUCACUACCAGACCUUGCUGAUCUCCUAGACUUGUCAAUACUGACACCAAGAGAAGAUGAAGACCUACUUUUUGAUGUAGAUCAAGCUCUGUUAGAGAUAGGUGAAUUAUAUGAACAACAACUUGAUAGUGUUAACAACAAAUUAAGAAAUGGCUAAGACCUCAUGUACC